ACAGGGAGAGAGGUUCAGUCAGUACCUUCGCCAUAUAUCAACUGAUGGAUGGUUCUCUCGUCUGCCGCGUUUCGGAGCUCUCUAACAAUGGCAACUGAGAAAGCUUCGUUUCCUCCUCCUCCUCUAUCCUGGAAAAUGUCUGGAGUCUCUGGACCUAGGGUUAGGGUUAGGGUUAGGGUUUCUUCGUUGAUCACCUCUUGGAAGCGUCAAAUUCCAUGGAUUCAUCUCAUGCUUUUCCUAUUCAACCUCGUUACAGUGAGCUCCAGGAAGAUCAAGACUUCGUCUGCUUCUUACGCUUCUCAAAUCUCUUACCAUGACCACUGCAAUUCCGUCGUCCCUGAAUCGACUUCAAGGGGACUCAAAUUGUUUGAGGGAGAUAUUCUCAUGAUUCGGAACGGAUAUUUUGUCGGUGGCGAUAGAAUUCUUGGCAAUAAUUCCCAACUGUCUUUCAAUUUCCCUAAAUAUGUGUCUUUUAGACCAAAAAAUGUCUACCAAACUGAAGCUUCUGGUGUUCUUAUGGUCGAGGGGAACUUGGACUUCCGAAGCCCCAACACAUACUCUUAUUUGGGUAAUUCAACUUUUGGUCGAUCUCCUUCUGGUAGGCUACGGCAUCGGUCACCUCGGUUCCCCGUUCGGAGAGGCGGGGCGAAUUUCAGGUUACAGGGGUUCUGGUCUGCAUCGACUGGGAGGCUGUGUAUGGUUGGAUCUGGUCUGAGUUACUCCAAAAGAGAAGGUAAAUUUCUGGAUAUUUCAGGUGUUUUUAAGCUUACGUAUCCCGAGAAUUCCACCAUUCUUACUAGUUUGGUUACUGGAACUUUGGAGAGCUUGGAUACGGUUGAUAGUUUGAAAUACUUUGAACCGAUUUCCAUAUUGGCAUUUUCUCAGAGCAGUUACGAAUACUCUUUGAUCAAUAAAGAAAUUGAUAAUGGGUUCUCAAGGACUACUAAUAGCGCUGAGAAAGAGUUAUCGCGUAGUUUACAAUCAAGUAAAGGUAUCUGUUCGAUUCUACGUAGGCCUGCUAAUGCCUUUGAAUUGAAGUACAGAGGUGACUGUGACGCAGCAGCUACGAAUUGUACUCCUCUGGGUAGGAGUACGGGGUUUUUGCCUGGCUUCAUGUCCUUCGGUGAAGUCCGGUGUUCGAAUGAACAAAAGAUGCGGCUGUUGUUGGUCUUUUCUAACAUUAGCUUUAUUGGGUAUAACCAGCCUCUUGACCCCAAAAUGACUCUGGUUGGCGAGGGAGCGUGGGAUGGAGAGAAGAACCAGCUUUGUGUUGUUGCUUGCCGAAUCUUGAAUUUUACAGAUUCUUUAACUCGAGCUUCUAUAGGAGAUUGCUCAAUUCGGCUGAACUUAAGGUUCCCCACAGUUUUGUCAAUCAGAAACAGGAGCACGGUUGUGGGACAAAUUUGGAGUAAUGCAACUGCUAAUGAUUCUGGUGAUUUUGAUAGAGUUAUAUUCCAGGCUCCUGAGUAUGGAUCACCAGUGGUUCCAGGUCUCAAGUAUGAGUAUACUAUGAUGGGCGGACUAAGCAAGCUGUGUGAAAUCAAGUCUGUUAAAAACAUGGGAAAGAAAUACGCAGAUGGGUAUUCAUAUGACAUGAAAUUCGACAUGUCUGUGAAAAAUGAUCUUGGACAACUUACAUGGGGUUAUGCAACUCCACUUUUUGUUGGUGAUCAGUUUUAUGAGAAGUUCAGCCGCUCCCUCAUUCUAGUAUCUGACGAAGAAGGUGCUGUAUCUGAAGUGAGUACUCAAAACCACAGCAGCCAGCUGAAUGUCAGCUAUACUAUAGGCUUCACGAUUCCACCUGAAUUCAAAUUUGGUGGUGGGUUUCUUCCAAGUACAAAUACACACAUAGCAAUUUCGGGUGAAGGGAUCUACAAUGGUGAAACUGGAAGCCUAUGCAUGGUGGGUUGUCGGGCUUUGGACUCAAACCAUAAGAUAUCUGCUAAAAAUGAUCCCAUUGACUGUGAGAUUUCCAUCAAUGUCCAGUUCCCUCCUCUAGAUGCAAAGAUUGGAAGUCAUGUCAAGGGAACCAUCAAAAGCACCCGGGAGAAGUCUCACCCUCUUUACUUCAAAUCUUUAGAGCUUUCCUCAAGUGGUAUUUCUGUUAUUCAGGCAGAAGAAUCUCUCUGGAGGAUGGAUCUGGAGAUCACCAUGGUUCUGAUCUCUAACACGCUUGCUUGUGUCUUCAUAGGGUUGCAGCUUCACUAUGUGAAAAAGCAUCUGGAUAUGGUUCCGUUCAUCUCACUUGUGAUGCUUUUCACACUUACUUUAGGGCUCAUGAUCCCUCUACUUCUGAACUUUGAAGCAUUGUUCAUGGCGGACCGUAACCGGCAGACCGUUUUGCUAGAGAGUGGUGGGUGGCUUGAAGUUAAUGAAGUGAUUGUAAGAGCAGUUACAAUGGUAGCCUUUCUAUUGCAGUUCCGUCUUCUCCAACAGGCUUGGUCAACAAGAUGGAGUGAUGGAUCUCACAAGGGCUUAUGGACUGCUGAGAUUAAAGCUCUCUAUGUGACUUUGCCAUUGUAUUUACUUGGUGGAUUGAUUGCUUGGUUUGUGCACUGGAAGCACAAUUAUGAUGAGGCCCCAAUUAUCCGUAACCAUUUUGUGGCUAAUCAUCAGCAGCAUUCCCUUUGGGGAGACAUGAGAUCUUAUGCUGGUUUGGUCCUGGAUGGUUUUCUGCUCCCUCAGAUCCUGUUCAACUUGUUCUUGAACUCCAAAGAGAAGGCUCUUGCCCCAUCAUUUUAUUUUGGAACCACUGUUGUCCGUUUGCUGCCACAUGCAUAUGAUCUUUAUAGGGCCCACAAAUAUGCUCAUUCCUUUGAUGUAUCAUACAUCUAUGCUAGUCAUGGUGUGGAUUUUUACUCCACAGCUUGGGAUGUUAUUAUCCCUUGUGGAGGUAUGUUGUUUGCAAUCAUCAUCUACAUACAACAGCGGUUUGGUGGUCGUUGCAUCCUUCCCUCAAAAUUUAGAGAAUCUGUUUUGUAUGAGAAGGUUCCUGUAGUUAGCAGCUAGUGAUUUCAAGAGUGCCUACUUAACUCCCUACUUCUGUUAUUAUUGCUUCUGUAAACUCCAUGGCUCUGUAUAAAGGCAACUGUGAGCUUUAGUAGCUGUGGAAUUUUCUUUGUAGAGGAUUUGCUAUACUGUUAUGUGCUGUUUGAAAAGUAAAUAUAGGUUCUGUGAUUACUGAGUUUA